GGUAUUGGGAGGGUAAGGUAAGUUACAGUAAGAGGUACGGAUAAGUCACUUGGCAAUGAUAAGAUAUAGGUGUUCUAGAAAAAAAUGUAUUCGGACGAUUGGCAUAAAGACUUGUAUACCUUCUUGUCCGAACACAUUUUACAAAAUGCAAAAGAGAAAAAAGCGCCAAGUAUCAUAAGUGACCAGCUUAUCAUAACAAUACCAUUAUCAUGAUAACACACCAAAGACUUAGAUUAUCACACACUACCGUACUCGAGUAGACUACGAGUAUCAUACAUACCAUUUUCCUCUCCUCAAACCCUUCCACCAACGACAACCCAUCAAUCAAUCCAAUCAAUCCAACCAACCAACCCAAGAAACCGAACACGACCACCUACCCAAAAAACCAAAACAAACUCACUUAAUUAAGGGGGAAAGAAAAAUAAAAAUGGUCAUCCUCUCCCUCUUAAUCCUAAACAAAGCCGGAGGCCUAAUCUUCCAACGCGACUUCAACGAGGGCCUCAAGAAGCUGUCGUCGAACGAUUACCUCGUCCUGGCCGGCACCUUCCACGGCGUGCACGCGAUAACGUCGCGCAUCUCGCCCCUUCGCGACCUUGGCGGUGGGGGUGGCGGGGGUUUGGAGGUUCUGGAGAGCGAUAAGUUUAGGAUGCAGUGUUUUCAGACUCUUACUGGUAUGUUGGUUGUUACUUCCUUCCUUCCAAACUGAGGAGAAGUUGGGGGGGGGGGGGGGGGCUAAUUUGGAUGGAUCGAUGGAUGGGACCUCUUGCGGUGGUGGAGGGUGUGGGGAUUGUGUGUGUUUUUUUUGAUUCAUUUUAGGGACAAAGUUCUUGAUUUUCGCCGAACCGAAUCAGCCGAACGUUGAUGUUGUGGUUAGGAGGGUUUACGAGUUGUAUGCCGACUACGUUAUGAAGAAUCCCUUUUACCAGAUUGAGAUGCCGAUUCGGUGUGAGGCUUUUGAGAGGAAUUUGGUGGCUUAUAUCAAGCCGAAGCAGUAGGCUUUGCUACCUGAUACUCUAUGGCCCCGAGAGAGAGAGGGGGGGGAGGGCGACUAGGUGGAUGGAUGAAAAUAGAAUGACAGCGGGAACGUCGAGGGAAAGGGUGCCUUCGAUAAUACGGCCUCUGAAGGAGGGGAGUGGGGGAUUUUUUGUUCACUAUCACACUUUCUUCCUUCACCGGCGUUUUAGAUUUCACUUCACGAAUACCAUGAUAAUGAGCACUCUGCUUUGGGUGUUUCUUUUUUUUUUUUUCUCUCGAGGAACUUAUUAUAUAUGUGUUGUACAAUCGUUCGGAUUAUU